AUGGCUUUUCAAGAUACGGAAAAUUUGACAAUUUUAUUAGAACAAUCGAGUAAUGCGCAAAUCGUUUUCGAAAAAAAAUCAACAACACAAAAUUCUCCACCAUCAAUAAAUCAUGGAACGAAAUCAAAAUAUGAAUAUUUUAAAGAGGUCAUAAUAAAAUCUUUUAAAAAUCCAAGGACACUCGCUAUAGCGUUCCUUGUACUUGUGGUUGUAGUCGUAGGAGCCACGUUACUAUUAAUGUUAUUUGAUUGGGUCAAACUGAGGAACGAAGCCGAAACUGCUUUAGUAAUAGAGAUUUGUUCUCAAAUUCUUAAUGGCAUAUUCACUUUCCUAACGCUCGUAACAUUACACGCAAGAAUAAUUCCUUUUGCCCUAGCGGUUCGCUCGUUUAUCAAAAAAGACACAGAAGUAUUAGCCACACCUACAACUGUCGAUUCACUUAAGAAAUACGUCGGAUGGUUUGAUCCCGAACAAGAUUCUUUUAUAUUAUUAUUAUGGAUACUAUUCAUAAUGAAUUUAAAUACCAUUGCACAAGGACUAAUUGCAUAUUUAAUGUGGAAUUUUUCCGCAUAUGAUAACGACGGCGUUCUUGUUAUCAAAAUGAUAACAUUGGCGAAAAGGCCUAAUUUAGCACUUUAUAGCCUUGCUUCCAUAGCAAUAUCUUCUACAGUCUUUGUAGUAAUAAUGAUUGGCUGGAUCGUAUUCAGCCGAGAUUCCAAGAAAGCUGUUAUCGAAAUAUAA